CUCUCUCUCUCUCUCUCGUUCGUUCUUCUUCGGUGAGUAGCGAGCGUGCCAGGCGGCCGCCUCGCCUCCUCCUCUGGUCCCGCUUGGGAGGAGGAGAAGCCAGUUGAAAGGGCGUUCUUUCGAGAUGGCAGAUGUCGCCAAGGACCUGGCGGCCGGAACUGUUGGUGGGGCUGCGCAGCUGAUCGUGGGCCAUCCAUUUGACACCAUUAAGGUCAAGCUUCAAAGCCAACCAGCACCACUACCUGGCCAACCCCCCAAAUAUUCUGGCGCUAUGGAUGCAGUGAGGCAAACAAUGGCCGCUGAAGGCCCAAGGGGCUUGUAUAAAGGGAUGGGUGCUCCACUGGCAACUGUUGCAGCAUUGAAUGCUGUUCUGUUUACUGUGAGGGGACAAAUGGAGGCAUUAUUGAGGUCAGAACCUGGCGCUCCACUUACGGUGAAUCAGCAAGUUGUAUGUGGUGCUGGUGCUGGAGUUGCAGUUUCCUUCCUAGCAUCUCCAACAGAAUUGAUCAAGUGCAGGCUGCAAGCUCAGAGCGCCCUAGCAGACUCAGCUGCUUCAUCUGCUGCAACGAAGUAUGGAGGACCUAUCGAUGUGGCAAAGCAUGUUGUUCGAGAAGCUGGUUUUAGAGGCCUAUACAAAGGCUUGGUUCCAACCCUGGCACGUGAAGCUCCUGGUAAUGCUGCCAUGUUUGGUGUAUAUGAAGCCCUCAAGCAGUAUUUUGCCGGGGGUCCAGACACUUCAGGGCUGGGAAGGGGGCCAUUGAUCGUAGCUGGAGGCCUGGCCGGAGCAUCUUUCUGGCUAUUUGUCUACCCAACCGACGUCGUGAAGAGCGCGAUUCAGGUUGAUGGUUUCAAGAACCCAAAGUACUCUGGUUCCCUUGAUGCCUUCAGGAGAAUACUGGCUGCAGAGGGAAUGAAGGGCCUGUACAGAGGUUUCGGACCAGCCAUGGCACGCAGCGUCCCAGCUAAUGCAGCUUGUUUCUUGGCAUAUGAAGUGACCAGAUCAAGACUUAGGUGACCUUGUCGAGUGCCUCCCCGGAUUCUUCACCUGAUACUCUUGAUUAAAGGAUAGAUUCGAUCAAAUAAAUCAGUUCUCUCGCCAUUGAGUAGAACCCCUGUCCAUGCUCUGAAACAUUGCUUGGUUUUUGACAAUUCUUUUAUCAAUUCUCUUCUUGUACUCUCUGUGACAGCAGAAUUCUUUUCAGAAAUUCAAUACUUGUCAGCUAUAUCUUCAAAUCA